AUGCACUUCCUGGAUAUUGCGACCUCUGAGCUAGCCCCAACUCAUCCUAUUCGUUUAGGAUUGGCUCUGAACUUUUCCGUCUUUUACUAUGAGAUCUUGAAUUCUCCUGAUCGUGCUUGCAGUCUUGCAAAACAGGCUUUUGAUGAAGCCAUCGCUGAGCUGGAUACCCUUGGAGAGGAUUCAUACAAGGACAGCACUUUGAUAAUGCAACUUAUUCGUGAUAACCUCGCAUUGUGGACCUCGGAUAUGCAGGAUGAUGGAACAGAUGAGGUCAAAGAUGCUCCCAAAGCUGAGGAUGAGAAGCAACAGUGAAGUCGGUAAUCUUCAUGGUAGCAUAUUACUUCUCUGGUUGUUUUUGUAUGGAGAAGUUGAUUGGUCCAAUUAUCCCUUCAGUCAUUUGUUUUUAGGAGAUCAAUCUUCGAUUUAUGAACCUUGGAAGCAAUGCUAAAAGUUUAUCAGUAUUUCACGUGUUAUUCUUUUCGAGUUGAAGAUUUGUAAUUUCAGUGAGGUGAUGUACACUCUUUUCUUAGUCCUUUUCUUGACAAUAAGGGAGCUGAUGAUUGAUAUGUUUCUUAAGCUUAAUUUUUGGAAGAUGUUUUCUUGAGAUUAUAAGAUUGGUUUUUAUAUAUAGUUUUGUUUUCUUAUGGC